AUGUUGGAUGUGAUUCCGGCAUGUGUCAUCAUGCGGAGUGCAGCAGUUGCUGGUGCAUCUGCAGACCUUGAACCCGAACAUGUUGUUUGGCGGAUCUUUGAGAUUAGCUUCACGGUUUUCUUCAUAGGGGAAAUCAUUGUCAAGAUGCGAGACUAUCUCUUCGGUGCAGACUGGCACCUUGGAUUUGUUCACAUGUUGCGUUUGUCCUCGCCUUUGACAUAUGAGGAUAUUGGCAUUACGGAGAUCAGUUCCGCCACUUCAGCUGGGGGUGAGGGUGCAGACACUGGAGCAAUGAGUUCAUUGAAGAUGUUGAAGUUGGCACGCUUGGGACGGAUUGUGCGGCUGUUGAAGUUCAAGAUCUUUACAGAGCUGAAGCUCAUGAUUCAGGGUGUUUUCACCGGACUUCGUGUGCUCUUUUGGGCUGUGGUGCUUCUCUUUUUGGUUUUGUACCUGCUCGGCGUGGUCUCCCGGACGCUCUUUGGAAACGCGGAAGGUUUCAAUGAGUUCAGCAACUACGGCACUGUCUCCGCGGCAAUGUUCACCUGCUUCCGAUGCUUUACUGACGGAUGUUCCUCAGAGUAUGGCAUGCCCUUGCAGGAGCAGUUGCGAAGGAAGUUUGGCGCGCCUUUCUUAUUUAUCUACAUGCUUCUCUUCCUUUUUGUCACCAUUGGCAUUUUCAAUCUGAUUAUGGCAGUGUUCAUUGACAACGUCGCGGAUGGAAGCACAAAGAAGCGGCAACGCUUGUUAGGUCAAAAUGCUUCAAAGACAGCUUGGCUUAUUUCCUCGGCUUUGCGGCACAUUAUCUUGACGAACCUGUGUCAACAAGAGCAAGAGGAAGCCACAAAGGGAAACCAUCGUCGUAUGUCGAAGCUCCUCAAGGAGCAAAUCCAAAGUCUCCAAGAGAUGUACGGCUACAAGGCACAUACCAAUGCAGAGUAUGAAGAGAAGACUGAAGAGAUCCGAAAGCAAAUGGCAGAGCGUGAUGUGGUGGUCACGAGGGAGGAGUUCAACCAGUGGCUUUCAAGUGAAAAGGAGCUCAUCUCGCGACUGGACGAGUCUGAGAUUGACAUGAGUUGCAAGAGCGACCUUUUCGACGUCCUGGAUGCUGACCUAAGCGGCGAGCUAGAGUUCGAAGAGAUGGUUGAUGGACUGUUGAAAUGUCGGGGUCCUGUGUCAAAGACGGAUAUCAUUGCAAUUCGGCUAAAGUGCUCUUUGCUUAUCCGCAUGAUGAACGCCGUGUGUGAGAAGUUGGGAAUUGAUCCGUAA